AUGUCCAAUACUUCUAUCGAAGAGUCCAAGCGAGAGCUGGACAGCUCUCCCAACGAUUCCAUCACGGKCCAUGACCCAGCCCCUGAGCAAGAGAUGCAUUAUCCGUCUGGCUUUGCCCUCAGUGUUAUCAUGGCCGGCCUGGUGGCUGCCAUCUUCCUCAUCUCCCUCGACACCACCAUUGUCUCCACGGCGAUUCCCAGAAUCACCGACGAGUUCCACACCGUGGCAGAUAUCGGGUGGUAUGGAUCGGCCUUCUUUCUGACGCUCGCCUCCUUCCAAGGCACCUGGGGCAAGAUCUACCGCUAUUUCCCCCUGAAGCUGAGCUUUAUCGCUGCCGUCCUGCUCUUCGAAGUCGGAUCGUUGAUCUGCGCCGUCGCCCAAAACUCUGUGACCCUCAUCGUCGGCCGAGCCAUUGCCGGCAUUGGGGCCGCAGGCAUCUCCUCGGGUUCCUACACCAUCCUCGCCUUUUCCGUCCACCCAAGUCGCCGUGCGGCUAUGACGGGCGCCAUUGGGGCCAGCUUUGCCGUUGCUGCAGUUGCUGGACCGCUCAUCGGUGGCGCUUUUACGUCCAAUACAACUUGGAGAUGGUGUUUCUGGAUCAAUCUGCCCAUCGGUGGCGUUUCCGCCGGCCUGAUCGCCAUCUUCUUCAAGGCACCGCCCCAAGCUCGCGCGAAAAAUGUCCCGUACAAGGAGAUCCUGCUGCAGAUGGACCCAUCCGGUAUCGUCCUGCUCCUUGGUGCCAUCCUGUGCUUCCUGUUGGCCCUGCAGUGGGGUGGCUCAGCCAAAGCCUGGGGAAGCGCCGAUGUCGUGGGAACUCUGGUCGGGUUCGGUCUGCUGCUCAUCGCCUUUACUAUCAAUGAAUUCUGGCUGCAGGAGAAAGCGAUGAUCCCGCCGCGCCUCCUCAAGGGUCAGACCAUCCUCUUCUCCUGCCUCUUCACCUUUUCCUUCUCGGGAUCGUUUUACCUAUUGCUGUACUACCUGCCGACCUACUUCCAGUCUGUCAAGGGCGCGUCUGCUUCGGACUCGGGCGUGCGCACCCUGCCACUGGUCCUGGGCGAUGGUCUCUUCGCGACUCUCUCGGGCGCUGCGCUUGGCAUCAUCGGCUACUACAUGCCGCUGCUGACACUCGGCGGCGUGCUCACCACCGUCGCCAGCGGCCUGAUCUACACUCUGGACCUUCACUCCGGCGCCAACGAGUGGAUAGGAUACCAGGCCAUGGCGGGCAUCGGAAUCGGCCUCGCCAUCCAAGUUCCCAUGAUGGCAAGCCAGGCUGUCGUCGGCGUCGAGGAUCUUUCGACCGUGUCGGCCAUGAUCCUCUUCUUCCAGUGUAUGGGCGGGGCCAUCUUUGUGCAGGCCGGGCAGGCCGCCUUCACCAACAAGCUGGUCCAGGAGGUGCAGCGCCAUCUGCCGAACAUCAGUGCUGCGCUUAUCACGUCGACGGGUKCUACUGAGCUGCAGUCCACGUUUCAUGGCCAUGACCUACAGGUCAUUCUCGAGUCGUAUGUGGCCGGUUUGCAGGAUGCUUUUAUUGUCUCGAUUGUCUUAGCUGGUAUUGCUACCUUGUUGUCUUUUGGUUCGGGCUGGAAGAGCGUGAAGAGCAAGAAGGAGGAGCCCAAGGCUCAGCCUUGA